AGGAAUUGUUUUGUUGUAGAAUUCAACCUUAAAAAAAUGUGGAGAUCACCGAAUGGAACAAUUCGUAAUAUCUUGAAUGGCGUUGUAUUUCGUGAGCCAAUUCUAGUGAAGAGUGUUCCGCGUGUAGUUCCUAACUGGACUAAACCCAUAAUUAUUGGAAGGCAUGCAUUUGGAGAUCAGUAUAGAGCCACAGAAAUAAUUAUCGAUCGCCCCGGUAAACUUAAAUUACUUUUCGAACCCCAUGAUGAUUCCAACCAACAGUGUGAAUUAGUACAUGAGUUCUCGUCUCCUGGAGUUUCCAUGGCUAUGUACAACACUGAUGAGUCUAUCACAGGUUUUGCUCAUAGCAGUUUUCAAAUGGCCUUGAAAGUUGAAAUGCCUUUGUAUUUAAGUACCAAAAAUACUGUUUUGAAAAAGUAUGACGGACGAUUCAAAGAUAUUUUUCAAGAAAUAUAUGAAAGGGAUUAUAAGAGUAAAUUUGAAGCAAAGAAUAUAUUGUAUGAACAUAGACUCAUAGAUGACAUGGUCGCUCAAGCCCUUAAAUCAAGUGGUGGAUUUGUAUGGGCAGCCAAAAAUUAUGACGGUGAUGUACAGUCCGAUAUUUUGGCCCAAGGAUUCGGGUCAUUAGGUUUAAUGACCAGCGUGCUAGUUACACCCGAUGGCAAAACUGUGGAAGCAGAGGCCGCUCAUGGUACGGUAACAAGGCAUUAUCGCCAACAUCAGCAAGGCAAAGAAACAUCUACAAAUCCAAUUGCGUCGAUAUUUGCCUGGACACGUGGUCUAGCACACAGAGCAGCAUUGGAUGAUCAUCAAGAGCUAUUAAAAUUUUCACAAGACUUGGAGAGAGCGUGCGUUGAAACCAUAGAUGUUAGCGGUAAAAUGACAAAGGACCUUGCAUUGACACUCCACGGCAACGACCUCAAACGUGAACACUACGUCACCACUGAUGAGUUUCUAGGCCAUAUUUCGAACAAUUUGAAGC